UCCGUUACGUCAGGCGCUGUGUAGGGCGCCUACACAGGCGGCCAGGGGGCGGAUUGGGACGCGUCCCGCGAGUCUUUCGAUUUGGCUUGUGUGCCGCUGCGGCUGGAUUCACAUGCAGAACGCGGACACGGCAGCGGCUAGUAUUUUUUAUUUGGGGCGAUUCGUAACUAUCCCCAGUGAAAACACCGGGUUUUGCGCACAGGUGUGCAGGACUGUACCAUGUUGGAGAGAGAGAGGGGUGUGAGUGAGUGAUGGGCUGCGCUUCGGCCAAGCAGUUGUCGUCUGUCCCCGGAGAUGAGGAGGAUCGGGACAAAGCCCACAGCAAUGGAGACGCCUUCUCCUCAGACGAGUACAAACUGAAAGGAGUGGAGAAGGUGAAGUACAUGCACGGAGAGGAGGAGCGGAUGAACACGCGUAACCAGGAGCACCUGGAGAAGAGCACAUUUUUGCACAAGGGCAAACACAAAGAGCAUUCACUCGUCGGAGAGCCAGCAGGAGUUCUUCAGGAUGCUGGACGAGAAGAUCGAAAAGGGGCGUGACUACUGUUCAUCGGAGGAGGACGUGACAUAACCUGACGCUCUCUUACCUCCUCGAGAUGAUCGCUCCUCCCCCCACGUCUCCUUUUCCCCUCCUCUGAGCGCAGAGUGACCCCCAUCACCCCCACCCCCGAGUCCUCCAGUCCACAUUCAGCACUCCGACCACGCCGAGCCGCCUGGAGGGGCGGAGAAAACGGGACGUGGGAGGGAAGUGUCAUCGUCUUCAUCGUGGUUUCACAGUGCCCUUGCCUUACACUAAGCCUUUCUCUUCUGUUCCUCAACAUGGGGUUUUAUUGAGAGAGAGAGAAAGAGAGAGAGAGAGAGAGAGACACAGAGCCAUGAACAUAACACUGUCCUGGACUUUUUUUUUUUUUUUAAGAGGACGCUUGACCUCUCUUGCACGUGGAGAACGAAACAUUUUGCUGCUUCUUCUUCCUUCCUUUCUUGGAGAUGAGAUGUUCCAGGAGGAAGCUGCAGAUCAUCAUGUCAAAAGAAACAAAAAGGACAACUUUAAAUCCAUCCCAUACAUUCCAGGCCUUUUAUAUCUCUCUGUGUGUGUGUGUGUGUGUGUGUGUGCUGGAAAAGUAUUUUUCUCAUCAUUAAGUCUAUAAGUGUUAUGUUUUUUUUAUCUUUUGUUUGUUGGACUCUUCAGCCAUGUUUGAGUGGAACCCCACUCAGGACUGUGAGUGUCUGAGGAAGAGGAGGAGCCUCAUUGUGUUUUUAAAAGUCCUACAGCAUUCGCACCAUCCUAAUAUUCUGAACACAAAAACGUGGCCGAGGGCUGCUUUCACACCUGAGAUGUUUCUCACCCCUCACUAACCCUCCCCACACACACACACCAAGCUGGAGCAGCGAGACCGUAACCAUAGCAACACUCCUCCCAGUCGCAGCUACUGGUCAGCUAGCUCACAUGUAAGCGAACACUUUUCCUCUGUCGUGGUUUAAAAGAGAAAACGACGGAGAUGCUGGAAAUGGAGAGGAGAUGAAACACUACGCGUGAAAGCAGCCUGACCGCCGCGAGCCGCUCCACGUGUUUGUAGCUCAUCCCCCGUCAGAUGGCAUGUGCCGAGAAACCGCAGUCGCGUCUAAUCCACACUACCAAAACAAAGCAGGAUGCUAGUGUGCCGCGGUGUUAAAGCGCUCUGUUAUACCAACCCCUGUCCCAAAACCCCGACAAAUAAUAAUAAUAAUAAUAAAACCUUUUUAUAAUAAA